AUGAGUGGCCGUGUGCUGGAUUUGUUCAAGCCGUUCGAGGCAUAUUUGCCAGAUGUGAUCUCGCCUGAAAGAAAAGUGCCUUACAAUCAGAAGCUGAUCUGGACAGGUGUUUCGCUGCUAAUUUUCUUGGUGCUGGGCCAAAUUCCGCUGUAUGGGAUUGUGUCGAGUGAAACCUCGGAUCCAUUGUACUGGCUUCGUGCCAUGCUGGCCUCCAACAGAGGUACACUAAUGGAACUAGGUGUGACACCAAUCAUUACCUCUUCUAUGAUCUUCCAGUUCUUGCAGGGAACUCAAUUGCUCCAGGUCAACAUGGAAAACAAGCAUGACCGUGAACUGUUCCAAAUUGCCCAAAAAGUAUGUGCUAUUUUGCUCACAUUCGGCCAAGCUGUCGUUGUGGUGCUCUCGGGCAACUAUGGGAGACCUUCGGACCUGGGAAUUGCCAUCUCCCUUCUUUUGAUUUUCCAACUGAUGUUCGCAUCGUUCAUUGUUCUUUUGCUGGACGAAUUGCUCGCUAAAGGCUAUGGCCUUGGAUCUGGAAUUUCACUGUUCACCGCCACCAACAUUGCCGAGCAAAUUUUUUGGAAAGCUUUCGCACCCACCACAGUCAACUCAGGCCGUGGAAAUGAAUUUGAAGGCGCGGUUGUUGCUUUGUUCCAUCUGCUAGCUAUCAGGAAAGACAAGAAAAGAGCCUUGGUCGAGGCCUUUUAUAGAGAGAACUUGCCCAACAUGUUCCAGGUCUUGUCCACUGUUGCUGUGUUCUUGUUUGUGCUCUAUUUGCAAGGAUUCCGCUACGAACUGCCCAUCAGAUCAACCAGAACUAGAGGUCAAGUCGGUGUUUACCCAAUCAAGCUAUUUUACACUUCCAACACACCUAUCAUGUUACAGAGUGCUCUGACCUCCAAUGUGUUCUUGAUCUCGCAGAUCAUGUACCAGCGGUUCCCAUCAAACCCGGUUGUGCGCCUUGUCGGUGUAUGGGGUGCGAGACCCGGAUCCCCAAUGGGCCAACAAGUUGCUUUGAGCGGGCUUUCUUACUAUAUCCAACCACCAUUUUCUGUAACUGAUGCCAUCUUGGAUCCAAUCAAGACCGUCAUUUACGUGGCCUUCGUGUUGGGUGCAUGUGCCAUGUUUUCCAAAACGUGGACCGAGAUCUCUGGUACUUCGCCCCGUGAUAUAGCCAAACAAUUCAAAGAUCAGGGUCUUGUUAUCAACGGUAAGAGAGAGUCUUCUGUCUACAAAGAACUGAAAAAAAUUAUCCCAACCGCUGCUGCUUUCGGUGGUGCAACCAUCGGUGCAUUGUCGGUUGGAUCUGAUCUACUGGGAACCUUGGGUUCUGGUACUUCCAUUUUGAUGGCCACCACUACCAUCUACGGAUACUACGAAACUGCUGCCAAAGAAGGUGGCUUUUCUAAGAACUUGGUGGCUGGCUUCUCCGAGUUGAUGUAA